AUGACAGAACUUUUAGCGGCGCCCGUCCUCUCGACGCCCGCCGAGCACACCUUCGAAGACCCGACACCGACGCCUCCGCCGCCGCCGACCGAGCUGCGAACCGAAGAUGAACUCGCCUCCGUCUACGAGAUUGAGCGCACCGCGCGCGAGAUCAAGGAGGGCGGCUGGAACCGCGUCGCCCUGCAGUUUCCGGACUCAAUGCUGUGCGAUGCCUCGUGGGUGGCCGAAGCGCUGACAAAGGCGCUGGGGGGCAGCGACGGCCACCGAGUCUACAUCCUCGCCGACACGUCCUACAGCGCAUGUUGCGUCGACGAGAUUGCCGCCGAGCACGCCGACGCACAGGUCGUCGUGCACUACGGCCGCUCCUGUCUGUCGCCGACUUCCAGGCUGCCCGUCAUUUACGUCUUCACGCGGCACACCCUCGACAUCGAACAGACCGUCGAGGCCUUCCAGAAAGAGUUCCCGGACAAGGAGAACAAGGUCGUCGUCAUGGCCGACGUGACAUACCAGGACCACGUCGUUCCCCUGGCCUCAAAGCUGCGGGCGGCCGGAUACACACACCUACUCCACACCGAAGUGACACACGACCCCGCCGGCACGAUACCGAACCGCAGCAUCGUCGACUCGGCGUCCCGAGGGGAGCCCGAGACCGACCUCUCUCAGUACUCCCUCUUCCACAUCUCCACGCCGCCCCCGGCGCUCCUCCUCGCCCUGCAGACCCGGAUGGCCUCCCUACACGUCCUCUCGACGCCGAGCCUCUCGACCGACGAUCCGACAAGGACGACGAACGCGCUGUUGCGACGGCGGUUCGCGCGGGUCCUCACGCUGGCAACGGCGGGCGUGGUGGGCAUCCUCGUCAAUACGCUCUCCGUGUCCAACUACCUGGGUAGUGUCGACCUGCUGAGGCGGCGCAUCGCCGAGGCCGGGAAGAAGAGCUACACGGUGGUGGUGGGCAAGCUAAACGCGGCCAAGCUGGCCAACUUCGCCGAGGUCGACGGCUGGGUGGUGGUGGGAUGCUGGGAGAGCGGGCUGGUCGAGGAGGACGCCGGGUUCUUCAAGCCCGUCAUCACGCCCUUCGAGAUGGAGGUGGCGCUGAAGCCCGAGAGCGAGCGCGUGUGGGGUCUCGAGUGGUGGGGCGGCAUCGAGAAGAUGGACCACACCGCCGCCAGGCCGGACGAGGAAGAGCUGGACGAGGACGAGUCGGCGCCGCCCGAGUACGACUUGCGAACGGGCAGGCUCGUGGCCAGCCGGCCGAUGAGGAUGCCUAUCCGGUCGGCCAACGGCGCCCCCAAGGCCGACGACGGGGAGCGGAGCGCCCAGGCGCCGGGGCAGUCGGCGCUGGUGAAGAGGGAGGUCGGGGAGGUGGCCACCAUCAACGGGGUGCUGAGCCCCGGGGCCGAGUAUCUGCGGUCGCAGAGGACAUGGCAGGGCCUCGGGACGGAUUACGACGAGGAGAGCAGCACCGUCGUCGAGGAGGGCCGCAGCGGCGUUGCGCGCGGCUACACGGUGGGAGAGGACACCGGCAGAGCAUGA